AAGAUUCCUUUAUAUGUUCCGCCAUUAAAAGCAUCUAACACUCAGGACACUUCUACUCUGUCUGAGAAAUUUUGGCCCUAGACUUCUUUUCCGAUUGGGAAAGAAGAUGCACAUCCAAGGACUCUCUCUGAUUUUCCCUCUGUUUAUCUGCUUCUUCAUAGAGUGCUUUUGCAUUUGUGAUAGAGCUGCCUGGACAAAGGUUGGAUGGGAGAUUUUUCCAGAAGAAAUACCUUAUCUGAAAGUUCCGCUUCCACCAUCUCACUGUCUCCCUUACCCUCUGGACAGACUCUGCUGCAGUUUUGGCAACAAAGAUACCCUCUAUGUUUGCCUGCAUCUCAUUUACAUUUCCCUGGAAGCUCUGGGUUUAAUCCUGUUUGUCCUAUCAGUGCACUACCUGUGGAUGAAAUGGAAGAAACACAAAAAAAAGCUGGAAACAAAGGCCACCCCGGAACCACCGAGCAAAGCAGAGAACCAGUCCUCCUCCUAUGACAUUGACCAGAUACUCUGCAAACUGAUAGCUACAACGUCCAUGAUGACCAAGUACCUGAACCAGGUCUUCAUUCGCCCUCCGGCCAAAAAGGGCAAGCACCGCAAAGGGCGAGGGAAAAGAACGAAGGAGAAGGAGCCGAAGGAGAAGGAGCCGAAGGAGAAGGAGCCCGAGGAGACUAAGGCGUCCACGUGCAAAUGCGGCACAGCCUCGUACGAAGAUUAUGCAAGAAACCUCCUGACGGAACUAAUGUAAGGUUAGAAAGGCUUCCUGCAGAGAGAGAUGUUCUGUCCUGAUAAACU